GGAAUGGUGACUUCCAUAAACAACUGCCGACUCAAGGCCAAGGGCAUUGGCCAGCACGACAGUGCCCAAAACUAUAAGAACCAGAGCUUCAAGGAUCUUCAAGCAAUGUGUUUGAGCAAGGGGGUGCUAUUUGAGGAUCCCUUAUUUCCUGCAGAACCCACGUCUCUAGGCUUCAAAAACCUGGGCCCCAACUCCAAAAUUGUGCAGAACAUUUUCUGGCAGCGACCCAAGGAUAUCACCAACAACCCUCAGUUCAUCAUGAAUGGACUCACUCCCACAGACAUCUGCCAGGGCAUCCUCGGGGACUGCUGGCUGCUGGCUGCCAUUGGCUCCCUUACCACGUGUCCCAGCUUGCUGUACCGGGUGGUGCCCAAGAGCCAAAGCUUCCAGAAAAACUAUGCUGGGAUCUUCCACUUUCAGUUUUGGCAGUUUGGGCAGUGGGUGGACGUGGUGGUGGACGACCGGCUGCCCACCAAGGAAGGCAAGCUGGUGUUCGUGCAUUCUGCUGAGCGCGCCGAGUUCUGGAGUGCCCUGCUGGAAAAGGCCUAUGCCAAGAUCAGUGGGUCCUACGAAGCGCUGACAGGGGGCAGCACCAUGGAGGGCUUCGAGGACUUCACCGGGGGCGUGGCCCAGCACUUCCGACUGCAGAAGUCUCCUCAAAACAUGCUGAAAAUCCUUAGAGAGGCCGUGCACCGAUCGUCCCUCAUGGGCUGCUCCAUCGAAGUCACCAGCAGCAGUGACUUGGAAUCAAUAACUCAUAAUAAGCUGGUGAGAGGACAUGCUUACUCAGUGACGGGCCUUGAGGAUGUCCUCUACAGAGGCAAGAUGGAAACACUGGUUCGGAUCCAGAAUCCCUGGGGCCGGAUUGAGUGGAACGGAGCCUGGAGUGACAAAGCCAAGGAGUGGGAGGAAGUGGACCUCAGCAUCCAGUUGCAGCUCCUCCGCAAGAAGGAAGAUGGAGAGUUCUGGAUGUCCUAUGAAGACUUCAUAAGCAACUUCACGCUCCUAGAGAUCUGCAACCUGACCCCUGACGCGCUCCCCUCGAGCAACCGCAAGAGCUGCUGGCACAGCGUCUUCUACGAGGGCAGCUGGCGGAAGGGCAGCACCGCGGGGGGCUGCAGGAACAACCCCGACACAUUCUGGACCAAUCCCCAGUUUAAGAUCCGUCUUCCAGAAGAGGAUGACCGGGAGCACCCCGAGGACAAGGACUUAGAGGUCUUCACCUGCCUGGUGGCCCUGAUGCAGAAGAACUGGCGCCAUGCUCGGCCCGAGGGAGCCCGCCUGCUCACCAUCGGCUUCGUCAUCUUCUCGGUCCCAAAAGAGUUUCAGGACCGCCAAGACAUCCAUCUGAAGAAGGAUUUCUUCGCGAAGCACCAAGACCAUGGCUUUUCCGAGAUCUUCAUCAACUCGCGGGAAGUGAGCAUCCAGCUGCGACUGCCUCCCGGGGAGUACAUCAUCAUCCCCUCCACCUUUGAGCCACACUGGGAUGCAGACUUCCUGCUUCGGGUUUUCUCAGAGAAGCACAGCGAGUCCUGGGAGUUGGACGAAGCCAACCGAGUGGAGCAUCUGCAGGAGGAGGUGGUCACCGAGAAGGAAAUGAACCAGGAAUCCUUGCGUUUGUUUGAGUUGGUGGCAGGUGAGGACUGUGAAGUGGAUGUGUAUGAGCUUCAAAAUCUCCUCAACAAGAUGCUGUGUAAACUCAAGAACUUCAAGAGCAAGGGCUUUGGUUUGGACGUGUGUCGCCGUAUGCUCAACCUCAUGGAUAAAGACGGAACUGGCAAGCUGGGCAUUCUGGAGUUCCAAGUCCUAUGGAAGAAAAUCAAGAAAUGGACGGACAUCUUCCGAGAAUGUGACCAGGACCACUCGGGCACCCUGAACUCCUACGAGAUGCGCUUGGCACUUGAGAAAGCAGGCAUUAAGUUGAACAACAAGGUGACGGAGGUGCUGGUGGCUAGGUACGCAAACGAUAACAUGAUCGUGGAAUUUGACAGCUUCCUCAACUGUUUCCUGAGGCUGAAGGCCAUGUUCACCUUCUUUUUAACCAUGGACCCUCAGAAUACUGGCUCCAUUAGCUUGAAUAUAGAGCAGUGGCUGUAUAUCACCAUGUGGGGGUAA